UUAUCUGGCUUACCUUUAUUCCUUUUUAUCCUAAAGUAAAACGAAUGAUUCACAACAGCCCAAACCCCAGUCUCUGCUCUCUUUUCCUCACCCUCUCCUCCAAAAAGUUUCGCUUUGAUUCACUCAUAAACGCUUCACUUUCCUUCUUUAGUUUUGUGUUCUGCCCAUAUCUUUCUCACUCGUGCUUGUACCAUCAUCAAUAAUUGAUCAUACUUUGAUUGAUUGUUAUUAAGUUGAUAUCUGGGUGGAGGAGAUUGCAGGACAUGGCUUCGGAUGAGACUAUGAAACUCCAAUCUUCAGCGCAGGAAGAUGACUACGAAGAUGAUAUCUAUGAUGGGUAUGAUCAUGAACAACAUCCCAAUCCCCACAACUUGUCCAGGCUUUCUGUGUGUACCAGCAGUUCCAUGUACGGGAAUGAUGAAGAUGAGGAGGAGGAGGAGGAUGGGAGCUACUUUCGAGCUAUCGAAGCAGACAAUGGCAUGAGCAUUUCAGUUGAGAGCUUUUAUGCAGACGAAGAGUUAUCCGAUGAAAGAGAAAGUAAAGAACUAGUUUCAGGGCUGUGGUCUGACUCCGAUAGCGAACAGGGCUUUUAUUCACUGCCGGCGACUCCCCCACGACGUAGGAACAGGCCGGGUGGGGUUCUGAAUCUGAAUCAUCAGCAGCUGAUAGAGGUCAAAGAAUAUGCCAGCGAGAACGAAGCUCAAAAGGGUCUUUUGGGAAGGAAAAAGAGGAGGAACAAUGAGAGGAGGGAAAGGAGAAUCUUAAGGGAGAGAUGGCUGCUGGAAAAAGCUGGUUGGGACAAUUUUGAUUGCAACAACAAGAGCAAGAACAACAUAAUGAGGAUGGGAGUAGUUGAUGUCGCUGGUGGUAAUUCCAACUGCCAUAGCUUCAGCGCAGAAAGUGACCAGGGCGGUGGCGAUGGUGGCAGUGGUAUUGGUACAGGGUUGAUGGUGAUAACAAGGCCAAAGGGAGGAAGAAGAUCUCUGUGCAUGGAUUUGGAGGAAGUGAAGGCUUGCAGAGAUCUUGGGUUUGAGUUGGAACACGAGCGCAUGCUGGAGAUGCCCUCUCACCUCUCUGUUUCUGGUUCCACGCUUGACACCAGCAGUGGUGGCAAUUCCCCCAUUGGCAACUGGCGCAUAUCCAGCCCAGGUGAUGAUCCACGAGAUGUCAAGGCUCGGCUCAAAGUAUGGGCACAGGCAGUGGCGCUCGCAUCGACAUCUCGCCAGGGAAGCUGACAACUUUUUCUAACCAUCGGUUACCCGUUUUGUGUUUCUAAUUGUUUUCUUCAAGCCUGUGUUCUUUGUGGGAUUAAGAAAGUGGCUGCUUCAUUUUCUUUUGGUUUUGGAUGAAAGAGUGAUCCGUUUGUGAAGCCUUUCUCCAUUUUCGUUUUCCUUGGGAGUGUUGGGAUUUCAAGGUUCAGUUUCCUUUUUGGUUGCAAUCUCCCCACUGUAAAUACAGCAUUUUGGCAGAAUUGAGGAUGGAACCAUGAUGACAGACUGAUGAAACAAUUGAAUGCUGGUAUAAGUUUAGAGUUUGGUCUGCCCUUUUCUAUUCACUCCGUCCAGCUUUUGCUUCUUGGUUGAUUUGAGUUCUUACUGCGUUGUAAUUGGGAUUGUGUAAAGUACCAUGUGCUCAAGAGAAAUGUAUCUCAGCUUGUUCAGUUA